AGAUCCUCGGCUAACGACACGAUACCGUUCCAACGGUGGCGAAGUAACCCAAAUCCGUUCGUAUGUCGCAACGAUGCGCUAUCUCAUAUGCUAUGAGUGGCUUGGAGAAUCAUGAUGAAGAAUCAGAUUGCUCUGAAGAAGAGAUCAGGGUGUAUGCACGGGACAUAGGCAUUGAGCCAGAGAGUGAGCAAGAGCUUUUGUGGCUUGCCAGGGAAGCUAUAUUCGCUCGACUGCCCCCAGGAUGGGUUAAGAGCCAAGAUGAGAGUGGGAACCCCAUCUUUCACAACCACUAUUUGCAGACAUCGACUAAUGAACACCCCUGCAAAGUGCAGUACCGUCAACUGGUGGCCCAGGAACGUCAACUGGUUGCCCAGGAACGUGAGCGUAUCCAGCGCAUGCCUGCUGUUGGAGGCUCAGUAAGCCAGCUAGACAAGAAAGAGAAUGAGGAGGCUAUUAAUACACCCACAGGACUUUUCUGCAGUGGAUUCUUGAAUGUAAUAAGCAGCAGGUACAAAGAAACGUCAUCUCUGACACUACUGAGCUUGGAUGACGAAGAAGAUUGGAUCAUCUCCGAAAAGGAGGACUCUGGAGGCACUGCUAGUGACGAUCAAGCAGAAGAGAUGACCAAGUCAAAAAUGCAGGAUAAGGCCCAUUCUGGGGACAAGAGUGGUGAAUCACCACUGCAACAGCUGUCUGGAGAAUUUCCGAUCUCCGACAAUUCUGUUUCCUGUGACAGUCAGCUGGAGAUGGAUGAAAGAGGAGAGGAUGAGGAGACUGGUGCUGCCAAGGGCCCGGAUGAAUUGAGACAUGACUCCUCUGGUGAAGACAACCACAGUGGCCCUGUGGAUCAAGAGUGUGAACACAUUCCGUGCACUGAUGCAGUUUGGGGCCCAGGACGUAAACAGGACCAGGAGAAAGAAGAAACUAUAAAAGCACCUGGACGUUUCUUUUGCAGUGGAUUCUUGAGUGUUUUAGCCAGUGGACAGGAUGAAGGUUCUACACCUUCCAUCCAUGAUGAUGAAGACAAUGCCAUCAUCUAUGAAAAGGAGGACUCAAGAAGCAGUGACACAGAUCUAAUAGAGCAGCCACAAAUGACGGAUAAAGACAGUUUUGCAGACCACAGUACUGACUCAUCGGAUCAACCGAUCAUAGGUGAGUCUUUGGACAGUUCUGGAGGCUCUGACAGUCAGAUACACAUAGAUGUCAAAGAAGAAGAUGGGGAGACUGAGGUAGUAAAGAGCCUAGAUGAGCCUGAGCAUGGCCCUGGUGAAAAAAGCCACUUUUCCCCAGAAACACGUGACCAUGAAAACAUCCAGAUGCCUUCAUCUAGUUCUUCUAUCACUGCUUUGGUAGCUGAAAAGGACAAACAAUUGGAGGAGGCAAACAAAACAUUUGGACUAUCAGAGAAUUCUAUUCACUGUGACUGUCAGUUGGGGAUGGAUGUCAAAGACCGUGAGGACAAGGUGACAGAAGCUGCCAAAAGACAAGAUGUCCACAGAAGCCAAGUGGAUCAGGGGCAUGAACACAUCCAAUCCACUGAUGCUAUGUAUCAUUCAGAAGCCAAGCAAUCACCACAGGAACAGGAUAUAAGAGAUUGUGGGGCAGAUCCUUCAGAGGAGUUGGCUGAGACUCAUCCUGACUACAGUACUGAAUCGCUGCAGCAGCAGGUACCAUCAGAGCUUCUGGAAUCUGAUGGUUCUGUUUGCUGUGAUAGUCAGCUGGAGAGGGAUGUCAAAGAAGGAGAGGAUGAGGAGAAUGUGGUUGCUAAGAGUAAAGAUGUCUACAGUUGUCUGAUAAAUCAGGAGCCUGAACCCAUUCAGUGCACUGUGUCAGACUCAGGAGGUGAACAUGACCAGGAGAAAGAAAAGCUUAUCAAAACACCAGGGGACAAAAGAGGCAAUAAUGCAGAACUAGCAGAGGAGAUGUCCGAUUCAGAGAUGACUGAUUCGGAUUGCCAGUGUAUUGAAUCAACGAUGCAACAGGUACUUUCAGAGUGCCUCGACUCCGACAGUUCUUUUUACUGUGAAAGUCAGCUGGAUACAAAGGAAAAUAAGGGUGCCAAAAGCCAAGAGGAUUCUGGGCACGGCUCCCCUGGUAAUGACAUCCACCGAUGUCAAGUGGAUCACAGUCAUGAGCACAUACAGUGCACUGAUGAACAGAAAAAUAAGGAGGAAGAGGAGCCAAUCAAAAAACUAGGAUUUCCUGGAGAGUUUUUGGAAUCCAGCAAUUCUGUUUCCUCUGACAGUCAUCUGGAGAUGGAUGUGAAAGAAGGAGAGGAUGAGGAGACAGAGGCUUCCAAGAGCAGCCAAGAUGAAUCAGGACAUGACCCCUCAUGCAAACAGGGCCACAGUAAAUCAGUCGCUGAGGAGUAUGGCUACAUCCAGGGCAUUGAUGAUAUUGAGGGCUCAGAGGCCAAACAUGAAAAAGAAGACGAAGAAGAGUCUACGAAAACUGACUCAAGAAACAGCAAUGAGGAGACAGAGGAGAUUACUGAGCCAGAAAUGUAUGAAAAGGUCCUUUCAGAGGAUCAAAAGAAGGACUCAACAAAGCAAUGGGUACUGUUGAACUGUGCUCUUCUUUGUCUUGAAUCUUAUUGGUGAUAUUGGUAUAUAUUGGUGGUGGUAUUUGGUGAUUGUGUAAGGUGCAUUGUGUUAAGAUUCUCCCAGGAUCCUUCCAUUGAAAAUUGAAUUUUUUGGUAUCCUGAUCUUGCAUAAGGCUUUUUGCUGUCACUGUCAGUUGAACAGGGAUGAGAAAGAGGAGGUCGAUAAGGAGGCUGAGGCUGCCAAGAGGUUUGUUGUUUUUACAUUGCACAUGGGAAAGGUCGCUACAGUGGAUAAAAGUCUACACUCCC